AUGGCUACUUCCAAGGAGUCUGUUACCCUCAACGAGGCCCAGACCAGCUUUCUCGCCUUACUUAUGCGAAACAUCCAGACCAAGCCUGACAUUGACUUCGAUGCCGUUGCUAAGGAGCUUGGCAUCAAUACGAAGUCAGCGAAGGAGCGCUUCCGCCUGCUUUCCAUCAAGAUGGGCUGGAAGGACGGCCCCAAGACCCCCAGCACCCCGAAGAAGCCCACUGGUGUCACUAAGCGCACCCCCGGCAAGGUCGGCACCAACAGCGCCAAGAAGGGUGGAAAGGGCAAGAUGCAGGAGCCCGCGACUCCCAACGGCGACGAUGACUCUGAUGAGCUGGGAAAGGAUGAAGACUUUGACAAGGUCGCCAAGGACGAGUUCGAGGCCUGA